AUGUCUGGCGAUCUAAGCGCCCUCGUUGCUCGUCUAGAAGCUGUAACCGCUCGUCUGGAGUCUGCUGCUGACAAGGCGAGUGGAGGAGCACCAGAAGGUAUGAUUGAAUCUUUGCGAACAGAGGAAAGUCUUGGGUCAAUAUAUUUAAGACUCAGAUAUUUCCCUUACUCUAACUUGCGUGCUUAUCUUUUUAUGUAUUUAUAUUGUUGGAAUUGCAGAUGUUGGAGUGUUGGUUGCAGCUUACGACGAGGUAUAAUAAGACGUUUUGUUGAAUGCGACAAAGUUUCCUGGCGGAGUUUGCAAAGUUAAGCUUAAAUUUUUUGGUUGCUUCCUGUCACGUAGGUGUUAAACGGCAAAGUGGCAGAAUUUUAUAAGCUUUCAAGCCAGAUUGGUGGAGAUGUAGACACGCAGGUAAAAGAACCUUCAAAAAUUAUGUCAAGUAACCUGGUGGUGUUAUGAGGAACAUAGUUACCAAUGAAGUAUCAUUUUAUACAGCAUCCUCAUCGUAAUUAUUAAGUUUAUAUCUGUUAUUAUUAUUAUUAUUAUUAUUAUUAUUAUUAUUAUUAUUAUUAUUAUUAUUAAGUUAUUGUAAUGUUAAUAAGCUUAUUUUGUCGCUGCUGUUAUCUCCUUGCUGCUCGUUGCACCUCUUCCCUGAUCUUAAUCAGUAAUGUAGAGUCCAGUUAGCGGGAGUCUGAUUUGUUUGAUAACGAGAUUACAGACCUGUUUGGACGAUACAAACUGCUGUUACCAGUUAAUCAUGGUUAAACUCAAAGGCUCUCUCUCAAAAUUUUUCUGCAAAAAGAUCCCAUCCCAGCCCAUGUGUGCAUGACCACACUAUCCAAUUGAUGACUCCAGAAAUACCAUAACAUACCAUAAUGCUCUUUGUUUGUCACCCCAAAAUUUUGCAUAAGCAUUGUCUUCAGUUUCUCUUGGGAGUUAAAAUGGCCCCAAGAGAAACUGAAAACAAUGCUUAUGCAAAAUUUUGGGGUGGGAAACAAAGAGCUUUAUGGUAUGUUAUGGUAAUUUCUGGAGUCGUCAAUCACUUAAGCAUGACAUGUACUGUCCUAUUACACUGAUCUAUCAAUGCUGCAAUCAGAACGACUGAUAGCCGAUCAGAUUUGAGAAUUUUCCUAUAGUUGCCAUUAAUGACCCUUAAAAACCAGAGUAUAAGUAAUAUUUCAUCAAAUAUUUACCUCAAUUUUUAUGUAGGGAAAACCAUAAACACUAUGUUAAGGACGUUACUGCUUGUCAUAUAGCAGCCAAACUCCAGUCUACUUGCCAUGGUGACCAAAAAAAUGGUUUCAGCUUGAAGUGCUGCUUGAAACCUUUUUUUCUUGAUAACAUACUUAUCAUUUUUUAGAGUUUCAACAAACUAUUUUAAGGCUUUCUAGAGUAUGGAAAAGUCAAUGGAUACAAAAAAAAGUUAAUGCGCGUCAUGCAUGCGUGAAUGUGCUGGAUUUAUUCCACAGGUUAAGCUUGUAAAGAAGGCAUUUGAUGCUCAGCGAGGAAUUAUUGUUCUUGCAUCUAAGAGCCAGAAGCCAAGUGUGGUAAGGAUAUCAGUAGUUAUCACCAGUUAAGAGAGUAAUACAUUCAUUAAGAUUUAGGGAUAUCAAAACUAACUGAUCCAGGGGUUUAAAGGUAAAGGUCCUUAUUUUGUCCCAGUAACUUGUAACAGUACUUAAACUGACAGCAGACCUGAGGCCGAUGACGUGCUCAUUUUACCUGCCUCUCUCCACCAGUACUUCAUUUCACAGAGAUUUAAAGCUACUUAAAGCUACACAGAAAGAAAAGAAGUCAAAACAGUGAUUUGAGGUCACACCUUGGAAUCAAUGUCUGAACUGCCCACACAGAAAGUAAUGUACCAACCAACAGUGCUAGACCUUGUUUGUUAUAUUGCACAAGUCAUCAUCAAGGGUUGUUGUUAGGGGGAAAAAUGCCAGAUAGUGCAUAGAUAACGAAUAAAGUUGUCCCUUACACAACUGGUUUAGUGUCAGCACAGUUAUGGAUUUGAUAUGAAACAAGGUAGCAAUCAACAUUGGUGGUAACACGGCACUGUCCCCCUUAAUGUCAUUUGGAUUUUACAAAGUCAGGAAAAUUUUCUCAGACAUCAUGUGACCUUGAAGUAGCCAGUAAUAGGGCAUUCUGUUGAGAAAAAAUAUCAAGUCCAGCAGCAAAAAUUUGCCAUGCCCUUUCUCUAUUUUAUCAACAACAUAUUUUUAGCAAGUUAUCAUCUGUGUCAAAUAGACCAUUUGCACGAUGACAUCUUUUUACCACUUUGACCAGAAUUUAUUUCCUCUUUUCUUUCCUUUUUAAAUUUGGUAAUCCCAGUGAGGUUUGAAUAACAAAAGUCCUAAUUUGUAGCCUGAAUUUUAGACAUUCCUUCAAGUCACAGACUCCUCUCAGCUAUGUCUAAAUUAAUGACAGUGCUGUCCAGUGACAUCACUACCCAAAAACUGGGUAGUGAUUUUGAUUGGUUGAUUGUCCAAACAUUUGCAUAAUUAUGUAUAAUUAUGACAAAUUUUAGCAGUACUGUCAUUUGAUAUUCAGUGGAUCGUAUGCUUAAAUGGAGUUUUGACAAUCCUUAUUUUACAGAGCAAAACAUCCCUUGUCUUCAAAACUAUGACUUCUAUAAAUGAAGAAUCAAUGUAGAAAGUCUGUAGGUUUUCACUUAGAGCCACUUGGUGGUUUCAGCAGUGAUUAUUCUGUUUAUGUGAAACAUCAAUGAUCAAUUUUGUGAGAUUUAUAACAAGCUUCUGUUGAGCUAGCAUUUUUUUGAACUUCCUGUCAUUUCCACUGUCAAGUGCAAUGUUUCUGUUGGCUUUAGUUUCUUGUUUUCUUCUUUUAAAUUAAAGUGAAUAUCAAAAUAUCUGCGGUACGAAGUUUAGCAGAUAUUUGUUUUCUGCACGUUCUGAAUUUGGUAUUUUCAUUGUGUUUUUCAAUGAAGUGUUCAGUAGUUACGUAAUACGUGUUAAUUGCGUUUCAUAUAUAAGUUGUUGUCAGUCAGUAUGUUCUUCCUUCGGGUCUGCAACGCCACACGCUACAACACUGUUCUUUUAUUUUUAUGUUAUGGAUUUUAUUUUCAUGUUUUUCUGUAUGUGUUCCCCUUUUUUCAGUGCGGGGAUUUUGGUCAUUUGAGUUCCACGUGCUUGAAGCCUGCGGAUUCUUCGAAGAGUAGCUCUCGACGCGAUUGACUAGAUGGCGACUCGUCGACCUGUGAUGAAGUUGAGUGUGAUUUAAUUCAUUUAUUGUCUUGUUGUGGCGACGAGUUUAGUGCGAAAGGCGGAAGCAGUGGCGUGAAAGGUCGCUUGCAAUCUUCGUUUAACUUUUGGGUCGAGACUUUAGAUGCACCAGAUUUUGUCCUUGAUAUGAUUAGGCGCGGUUACAGAUUGCCGUUUGCCGAGUACCCCUCGCAGUGCUUUUUGAAGAACAAUAGAUCAGCUCUUCAGCAUCCGGAAUUUGUCGCUGAUGCUAUUAGCGAGCUUUUAAGUAACGGCUGCAUUGUUGAGCACGAAUUCCCCCCGUAUUGUGUUAAUCCUUUGACAGUCGCUGUUGGGAAGAAGCUUCGCCUGGUUAUCGAUCUGAGACACGUAAACAAUUAUUUAGUAAAACCUAUAUUCAAGUACGAGGACUUACGAUCGCUUUCUCAAGUUCUCGAUGAAGGACACUGGUUUUUCUCUUGGGACCUUAAGUCCGGUUACCACCAUGUCGAUAUUUGUCUCGACCACCAAAAGUACCUUGGUUUCGCGUGGCCUUUUUCUGGCGUCGUCAGAUAUUUUUCCUUUACAGUACUGCCUUUCGGGUUAAGUAGCGCUUGCUUUUGUUUUACCAAGUUAAUGCGCCCGUUAGUUAGGCGUUGGCGUUCUAUGGGACACAACAGUUUCAUUUAUUUGGACGAUGGUUUCGGGAGUCGACCAGACAAAUGUUCUGCCGUGGCAGCUAGCUUAAUUCAACGUAAAGAGCUCUCUUCAUCUGGUCUUCUUUGUAACGAGGAAAAGUCUCACUGGGAUCCAGUUCAAAUUGGCGAAUGGCUAGGCUUCGUUAUUGAUACUAUUUUAAUGUGUUUCCGGAUUCCCGAGAAGAAAGUUCUCAAGCUUAAAGGCUUGCUAGAUUCUGCGAUUCAGGAUGGAUUCUCUUCAUUUCGCGAGUUAGCGAGAAUAGCAGGCACUAUCAUUUCAGCUGCGUUAGCUGUUGGUCCAAUUUCUCGUCUUUUGACCAGACAAAUGUACUUCGCCAUUGAAACCAGAUCGGCUUGGGAUGACAUAAUUCAUUUUCCUCCGAGCCUUUUACAAGAACUGAAAUUUUGGUAUUGCAACAUCGACUGCUUAAACGGCUAUUCUAUUAGGCCACCGUUAGCUACGCAUACCGUUGUAUUUUCCGAUGCUAGCGACGUAGCGUUCGGAGGAUUUUCGGCUACUUUAGACGGCUCCGUCGUUAGCGGCAUGUGGGAGAGCGAGGAUAUCGGCCAAAGCUCUACGUUUCGCGAGCUGAAAGCAAUUUUUUACGUGUUGCUUUCUUACGUGGCUCAACUGAAACACAAGAGAGUUAAAAUCUUCACUGAUAAUCAGGCCGCCGCCAGAAUAGUUGCUAUCGGAAGCUCCAAAUCUCACCUCCAGGCCCUGGCUAUGGAUAUUUUCAAUCUUUGUCUUGCCAACAGCAUCGUUCUCGAAGCCCAGUGGAUCCCUAGGUCUCUUAAUGAAAGAGCAGAUCUUCUUAGCAGAUUUAUUGAUAAAGACGACUGGUCCAUCAAUCCCUCGGUAUUUCGACUUGUCGACGCUAAAUGGGGCCCUCACACAAUUGAUCGCUUUUCGUCCUAUUACAAUGCCCAGCUUCCGAGGUUCAACUCUAAAUUUGCUUCCCCAGGUUGCAGCGGUGUGGACGCCUUGGCUCAGGAUUGGCGACAUGAGAAUAACUGGGUUUGCCCUCCGGUGGGUGCCAUUGUGCCUUCAGUUAGGGCUCUCUCGUCCUGCUCCGGUUACGGCACUUUGAUCGUUCCACAAUGGCCUUCGGCCUAUUUUUGGCCUUUUUUGCACGACAACGCCUCCCAGUUCAAGUCUUUUGUUAAAGAAGUGUUUGAGCUUCCUUGUAUUGAAGACCUCUUGCUGGAGGGUCCAGGACAGAAGCAGAUUUACAAAGCGCGUCCGUCGGUGUUCAGCGGCUGCCCGAAAUUUAAAAUGUUAGCUUUGCGGAUAGAUUUUAGGUGAGCUUUCCCAUUUUUGUCUCCCCUUACAGCUCAUUAUUGUCGGUGUUUUAGGUUUAUCUUUUGUUAGCUUCGUUUUGGUAUUAUUUAUUUAUUUUAUUUUAUUUUUUUUUUUUUGCCUGAUUUGGCACCGUUAUCGUGUCUGCUUUGGCAGUGUAUUUUUGCCUGAUUUGGCAGCUUUGUUUUGCCUGUUUUGGCAGCGUAUUUUUGCCUGAUUUGGCGGUGUAUUUUUUGCCUGAUUUGGCAGCGUCUUCUUGGCUCGGAGUUCGAUGUCCGCUUCACCACGCAGUUUGCCUGUUUUGGCGCCGUCAGUUGGCCUUAUUUUAUGUUUUAUUUUAUUGGUCUACAUUUGUUUUAUUGAAUGUUUGCUAUUUUGUUGUAUUUUUUACUGUUUUUUACAGCAUUACUGGGCCCAGCCAGUUCGGCUUCCGUUUGUCGUUGUUUCUCAUUACAUGUCGUUUUUACGCUGUAGUACUGUCCGUGCUGCAUGAUUAUGAUGCAGCAUCAUAUUUUCUACUGUAUUAUAAUUUUAAAUGUUUUGCCUUUUCCUGCCUACUUUUAUUUUAUUUUUUAGAUGUUCUCCAAUCCGGGAUUUGGAGUGAAGCGAAUUCUUUGGCCGAUCCAUCCUUGCGCAAGCUUGUUCCAGACCUUCUCCAUUUACAGUUUGAGUCCAAGGCUCCCUCUACCGUGCAGAAGUAUAGAUCUGGCUGGAUCAGAUGGCGUGAAUGGGCAGAUUCUAAGAUUGGCGUUUCAGUUAUUCCAGCGAAGCCACUGCACAUUGCUCUCUUUAUCAGCGAACUUACUGCUGUUUCUAUUUCUAAUAAUACGGGGAUAUCUCCUAUAGAGUCAGUUGUUUAUGGUAUUAAGUGGGGUCAUAGUCUGGCCGGUAUUGUAGAAUGCCCUACUGGUCACCCCCUUGUUAAGUCGUCCUUGGAGGGUGCAAGAAGGAAGCUUGCUCGUCCUGUUCAACCCAAAGAGCCUUUAUCCGUUGACACAGUUUUAAGGAUCGCUGAAUAUUAUAUUUCUAGUAGUUCGCUUGCCGUUAUUCGUUUUCUUUUCGUCCUCUUGGUUGGCUUUGCUGGGUUUUUUCGUAUGGACGAAAUUCGCAAUUUGACAGUUAGAGAUGUCUCUAUUUUCAACGAGUACAUGUCAGUUUUUAUUCCUAAACGCAAAAAUGAUCAGUAUAGAGAAGGGCAUACGUCCUUUCUAGCUAGGUCUCAUAAGGCUACUUGCCCAGUUUCUAUCACCGAAAGGUUACUUAAGCUUUUCCCUUCAACUUGUGAGUCAUCUUCGCCCCUCGUUAGGCGAAUCGUUAAAACUAAGUCUAGGGAGUGUUUUCAUGCUUCUAGAGGAGUUUCAUAUUCAACGCUAAGAGAUGAAUUUAAGAAAUUUGUUAAACCAUUUGUAGGUGACAUUGCUCUUUACGGCACGCACAGUAUAAAGUCUGGUGCCGCCUCAAAUCCUGCUUGUCGGAGUGUUUCCGCUGAUCUGCUAGAUAUGCAUGCUGGCUGGAAAUGUGCCACUUCAAAGAACAGAUACAUUAAGCACACCGUUAGUGAUCGCUUAAAAGUUGCUCAAACUAUUGCUAUUUAGUUUUCGUUUGUUUAUUACAAUUAUUUAGUUUAUUAGUAGUCUUGGCGGGGGACUUAAGUCGUGCCUGGCCCGCCCCAGAUUUCCUAUCCCUUUUUCCCCACGGAGUUUUUUAGGUUAGGUUUUUUCUGGCCCCCCUGGCACGGCUUACUCUAUUUGACGUUUUCAUUUCUAUAUUGUACUAGUUGUUUGCAUUUUCUUUAAUAAAGUGGCGUUAUGGCGUUACCGCACAGGCCAUAAUCCAAUAUUCUCAGUGAUUUGCUGCAUUUGUGUUUAUAUUUAUAUAGGUUAGUGCAGAACUGUUUUGUCCUGUGUGUACUACAUUCCAAUCUUGUGUGACCGCGAUCGAGUCUGAUGAUUGAAUUGUGGCGUUGUACAACCGAAAGACUUGUUCAGAGUACUGCAUGUAGUUAACAGUUUGAACGUUAAGCAUGAUUUACGAUUUAAGAGUAAAGCAAUUGUGUACCACGAAGACAUUUCUGAAUGACAUUUCUUUGUUUGACAGUUGAAAAUUGUGUUUUCCUUUUCAAUUUUGCAUAAAUUAAAGCAAAGGCUCAUCAAUUCAGACAUUACUGAGAGGAGUAUGCGACUUGAAGGAAUGUCUGAAAUUCAUGCUGCCUAAUUUGCACAAGAAAGCAAAACCCUGAAGAAUUCUGGUAGUAGUAGUAGUAAAAUGACCCCAUCGUGCAAAUAGCCCAUUCUGUUAUUUUUCUUGGUCUUGAAAGUAUGAGUAUUGUUCUAUCUGAGACACUUCUGUUGAAACCUCUAUCUUGAAAUAAAAUGUGUGACCAAGUCCUAAAAGAAGUGAUUGUAAUUAGUUAAGUAUGGAUUUGCCAUUCUUUUUUGUAUUAUAGGAUGAAUUUAAAAAGAUACUGAAGCCAUUAGCUGAUGCUAUUUCUGAAGUACAGGUACAUAACAGUGUUAAAGGAUAUUUUACUUUUAAAAUAGAGUUAACAAAUUAAAGCUUACUGCGGCCAUCAUUUUACCCUAAUACACAAAAACCCUUGGUUUGUUGGCUACAUUUUGUAUUCAUAAAUUAUUUGGGAACAUGUGUCAACCCAUGAAAUUCACUUUCAGAACUCUGUAGAAGUAAUAGUUCUUUCAAAUAGGAGUUCUUUGUCCCAUAAUUGAUUGGAUUGUGAUAUUUUAUAUAUUUAUCAGUGUUGCUCCAUUAGAAGUAAAACCCAAAAGGCAGUCAAUUUUUCUUUUACCUUUUUGUAGGGCUUCCGUGAGAAGAAUCGUAGUAGUAAAUUGUUCAACAAUCUGUCAGCUGUAAGUGAGGCCAUCCCAGCAUUAGGUUGGGUAUCAGUGGUAAGUUAAUUGGUCUUUUCUUAUACUGUUAUGCUCCAGAGUUGCUUAAGAAAGAAGUACUGAAAUAAGAGCUUCAACUACAGAGCACAGCAGAUUAUCAGUCACUACUAUUUCUUCUUACAGUCUACUAUCAGAUUCAGAACAUGUUACUUAGUGACUGUGACUAGGGUGGUGGUGUGGCUUAAUGGUCAGGCUGUUCUCUGGUAGCUUCACUUAAGCUUAUAACUUUUAAUGAUGUCAUUUCUGUUGUUCUUAAAAAUACAUUAUUGUAUGCUAGUUGUUCCUUCUUGAUGCCCAAAAUCAAUAAAUAUAUGCAAAAGGCAAUAUAUCACUGACCCUUCUUGUUGUCUUCACGUCACUGUGUAUUUUUUUAAGUGAUGUGUUCUUUUACUUAGAGUCCUACACCCGCACCAUACGUCAAGGAGAUGUUAGACGCUGCUCAGUUCUACACGAACAGAGUUUUAAAGGAUUUUAAAGGAAAGUAAGUUAUCUUCUGAUAAUCAAAUAAUACCAGUAAUAAUACCAGUAAUAAUAGCCAGUCUGUCACUAAAGUACAAUAUGCCAAUAGCCAGCAAAAUGACAUCAUUAAAGUAACCAGAGGUUUAUCAACCACAAACAAAUCAGCAGUUUCACAGUUGCUUCGAAUGUAAUCCAAGAAAAAAUGGCCUGGCUUAAUUCUUAUGAGUCAUAUGUUGUAGCAGUAGCAGUAGCAGCCUUUUAUAAUGUCGGCUGGGUUGUGAUUGUACUGCAAGCCAGUUCACAGCUUGAAUUUGUGUGAUUUCAUACCAGAGAUGAGAAGCAUGUGAAGUGGGUGGAUUGUUUGAAGGCUGCUUUGAGUGACCUCCAAGCUUAUGUAAAAGCACACCACACAACUGGCCUGGUUUGGAGUAAAACUGUAAGUAGUAUGGAUAUUGUUUUAAUGUAAGAUAACAUUCACAUGAUUAAUAAUUUCUUUUAUCUAGUAGAUUCAAUUUUCAUUCCUUGCUAGUAGAGGUCUCUCACAGCAAGAGAAAAAUGAUAGAAGAGAGAAAGACCUCUGCUGGCCCCCGAUGCGUUUUCUAUCACACAUGCACUGGCAUUUCCUUAACAACCAGCUCUAUUUUAGUUACAUGGGACGCAUUUUAUUGAACCUAUUUGCAGGAUUACAACUGUGGCCUCACAAAUUUCGUGCAGUCUCAGCAGGACACAUUCAUUCCACAUUAAACAAAACCGUUUUUGUCGUGGGCCGGCAGAGGUCAAAUUGUGAAGAAUUUGUUUAGUUGCAGAUCACAACUGAUGUUAUGAUAUGAUAAGAAUAAAUAAGUGGGUCCUUCUGUAUGUACUGACAAACUACAAGAACCAAAAGAACCAGGCAGGAAUGUCUGCAUGGGAGUUGUAGUGUAAUUUUUUGUAAUCUGUUCUCUUUGGUACCUGCGGAUUGAACCAAAAAGUUGGAUGUUCCAACAUCUUCAACUCAGGGAGAAGGGAAUUUAUUGAUCUUAACAAUAUGGAAACAAAACUGCAAACAUCCACACAGGAAUGCAAUAUGUGUUCUUGAUUAUUUAGGUAUAUUUUUUGUAAACUUCUAAGGCUGAGUAUUUAUGGUUCAUUCAAUAUUUUUGUUAAUAGGGAGCAGUUGCAAAAGCUAGUGCAGGGUCUGCACCACCCCCUCCCCCUGGACCUGCACCACCUCCCCCUCCCCCAAUUCAAGCACCAUCACCAGCUCCUUCUGGUCAAGGUACCCAACGAGGAGCUGCAGCUGCCUUGUUCAGUGAAAUAAACAAGGCAGGCACCAACAUUGCCUCAGGUAUGUCAUAUCUGCAGUACGUAUUUUGUGCUAGACCAUCAAAUUUAAUUAUGGAACUGCACUCUUAGAUCAAGUGAUAAAAAAGUUUGGGAAGAGGACAUACAUAUAUUUACCCUGGAUGUGGUCCUGGCCAUCACAGCUCAUUUUGUCAUUUUGAAGUUAACGAAAUAUACUGGACAUUUUGUUGUAGGAUUACGGAAAGUGCGAGAUGAUCAAAAGACCCACAAGAACAAAGAUCUAAGGAAAACUGGUCCAGUUCCAGACAAACCAAAACCUGCAGCUGUUGUAAGUGCUCCCAAGGCUCAAGCUGUUAAGAAGCCGCCAGUUUGUCAGCUGCAAGGAAAGAAAUGGCUUGUGGUAUGUACAACACCUGAGUUAAAAAAUAGAAAUUAUGUGUUCUUAACUUCUACCAAUUGAAGCAAACAAUAAUUGGGGAAAGGAUCUGUGAUUAUGACCUAAGAAUAUUACUUUAAUCCUGUGAUCAAGCUCUCUCUGUUUGGGUCUCUUGUUUUAAGGUAUCCCCCUCCCCCCUCCCUAACCAAAAGACCUUACUAACAAGCGGACAUGUUAAUAUUGAGUGAUUUAUCAGGUUGUUGAAUGACACAUUGAUUUUGAUUGCAGGAGUAUCAAGAAAACAACAAAGAAGUUGUUAUCUCUGAUGCACAUCCAUCACAUACUGUGUAUGUUUAUAGCUGCAAGAACAGCACCAUUAAGGUCAAUGGAAAAAUUAAUUCCAUGGUUGUAGGUUAGUAUCAAUUUCAAUUGUUAUUGUGCUGGAGUUUUAAGAGCAUGACCUUGCCAAAAAUCUGCAUUUUGUUGGGCUGCUAUGUUUGAAGACAUGGUCAAUAGAUAGUAUUGUAGACGAAUCCAUUGUUAAGAUUAGUGUCUCUGACUUGCUGUAUGACAUGUCUGUUGUUGAUUUUGUCAGAUAACUGUAAGAAGACAGCAGUAGUUCUUGAUGGAGCAAUUGGUACUGUUGAAUUUAUCAAUUGUCAAAGUGUCCAGUGCCAGGUCAGAUGAUUAUUUUUUUGUAUAACAAAUGUCUCCAAUUUUUCUUUCUUUCUUUUUAUUUUUUUGCAUAAAAGUCUUCUAACUUUCAAGUCUUCCCCAGCUUAUAUUAUCACAACAAAAGUGGUUUACGUGUGUCUUGUAAUUUUUAUAAUAAUACAAAGAACAGUGUGCAAUUUCAUCUUAGCAAUAAUGUUGUUGAUGGUUUACACAUUCAGGCACUUAUAGUGUGUACCCUAGUUGUCAGUAAUUUAUUAUUGUUGUUUCUUCAUGAGCUCAACAAAUGUAAUACCAAAAGUCGGUCAAAACUUCAUGAACUAGACACAGAUGAUGUAACACAAGUCUUCUUUGUUUUCUGUUCAGGGAAAACUCUGCUUGGUAUUGUUUCAUGGUUUUUGUUCUUUUGUUUUACGUCAUCUUCUGUGUCCAGUACAUGAAGUGAAUGCCCAAAAGUCUGAUUGUACUCUGACAGUGCAUCCUCCUUGUAAGCUGAAACUGGCAGUAUUUACUUUUUCAGAUUUAUUUAGAGAGCAUAACAAUCUCACAUACAAAACACAUAGAAAAAAAAACAAACCACUUGUUUCACUGUUGAAUAUGACAAAAUAGUGUUGUGGGGAACAUAACCUUCCUCAUGCCAGUUGUGGGUAGGUAAAUGUAUUCACGUAAGUUUUUAUCUGUUUGUAAGUUUUGUUUGUAUUCCUACAGGUCAAUGAGAAGGUUCCAACAGUGUCAAUUGACAAAACUGAUGGCUGUCAAGUGUUCUUUCCCAGUGGUAUUGGUUCCACUGAAAUAGUUACUGCUAAGUCUUCAGAGAUGAACAUUAUGCUUCCAAAAGAUGGUGGACAGGACAUGGUGAGUACAAACAUAACUCCUCUGUGCCAGCAGGAAAUUAUCCUAUUUUGUUACUACCCAAUGUUGGUAAUGAUAAACUGUUUGCUUUCAAAAUUGUAGACUCCCUCUACUGAAUGUUCUGUAAAAGUGAGGUGGAAUCUCAGAGCAUUUAUUUAUUUAUUUUUGCAAAGUAGUGGAUAUGUUUUGGGAAGAGGUUUUAUCAUGGAUAGCCCUUUGUAGUAAUGAAGUAAAGGUUAUUUCCUUUCCAGACGUUUUUUUNAGUGAUUUAUCAGGUUGUUGAAUGACACAUUGAUUUUGAUUGCAGGAGUAUCAAGAAAACAACAAAGAAGUUGUUAUCUCUGAUGCACAUCCAUCACAUACUGUGUAUGUUUAUAGCUGCAAGAACAGCACCAUUAAGGUCAAUGGAAAAAUUAAUUCCAUGGUUGUAGGUUAGUAUCAAUUUCAAUUGUUAUUGUGCUGGAGUUUUAAGAGCAUGACCUUGCCAAAAAUCUGCAUUUUGUUGGGCUGCUAUGUUUGAAGACAUGGUCAAUAGAUAGUAUUGUAGACGAAUCCAUUGUUAAGAUUAGUGUCUCUGACUUGCUGUAUGACAUGUCUGUUGUUGAUUUUGUCAGAUAACUGUAAGAAGACAGCAGUAGUUCUUGAUGGAGCAAUUGGUACUGUUGAAUUUAUCAAUUGUCAAAGUGUCCAGUGCCAGGUCAGAUGAUUAUUUUUUUGUAUAACAAAUGUCUCCAAUUUUUCUUUCUUUCUUUUUAUUUUUUUGCAUAAAAGUCUUCUAACUUUCAAGUCUUCCCCAGCUUAUAUUAUCACAACAAAAGUGGUUUACGUGUGUCUUGUAAUUUUUAUAAUAAUACAAAGAACAGUGUGCAAUUUCAUCUUAGCAAUAAUGUUGUUGAUGGUUUACACAUUCAGGCACUUAUAGUGUGUACCCUAGUUGUCAGUAAUUUAUUAUUGUUGUUUCUUCAUGAGCUCAACAAAUGUAAUACCAAAAGUCGGUCAAAACUUCAUGAACUAGACACAGAUGAUGUAACACAAGUCUUCUUUGUUUUCUGUUCAGGGAAAACUCUGCUUGGUAUUGUUUCAUGGUUUUUGUUCUUUUGUUUUACGUCAUCUUCUGUGUCCAGUACAUGAAGUGAAUGCCCAAAAGUCUGAUUGUACUCUGACAGUGCAUCCUCCUUGUAAGCUGAAACUGGCAGUAUUUACUUUUUCAGAUUUAUUUAGAGAGCAUAACAAUCUCACAUACAAAACACAUAGAAAAAAAAACAAACCACUUGUUUCACUGUUGAAUAUGACAAAAUAGUGUUGUGGGGAACAUAACCUUCCUCAUGCCAGUUGUGGGUAGGUAAAUGUAUUCACGUAAGUUUUUAUCUGUUUGUAAGUUUUGUUUGUAUUCCUACAGGUCAAUGAGAAGGUUCCAACAGUGUCAAUUGACAAAACUGAUGGCUGUCAAGUGUUCUUUCCCAGUGGUAUUGGUUCCACUGAAAUAGUUACUGCUAAGUCUUCAGAGAUGAACAUUAUGCUUCCAAAAGAUGGUGGACAGGACAUGGUGAGUACAAACAUAACUCCUCUGUGCCAGCAGGAAAUUAUCCUAUUUUGUUACUACCCAAUGUUGGUAAUGAUAAACUGUUUGCUUUCAAAAUUGUAGACUCCCUCUACUGAAUGUUCUGUAAAAGUGAGGUGGAAUCUCAGAGCAUUUAUUUAUUUAUUUUUGCAAAGUAGUGGAUAUGUUUUGGGAAGAGGUUUUAUCAUGGAUAGCCCUUUGUAGUAAUGAAGUAAAGGUUAUUUCCUUUCCAGACGUUUUUUUUUUUGGUAAAUUCAAUACCGAUAAAGAUUUUAUGAUAAUCAGUCACAUCCUUUUAUUAGCAAAAUUUUUCUUUAUGUGUAAAUUAAAUAAAAAGGAACCAUCACUUGACGUUUUUAAGGCUAAAUUGAAAGCUAACUACAGAUUAGAACUUUAUGUUGCCAGAAAAAAUGAUGUUCUUUCAACGCGUUAUGCUAAAGGGAUGCAUAUAUUUCGAUACUUUCAUAAUCCCUGUUUACAAUACAUUACUACAUCACUACAUCACUUGAUCAACACGUUUUUGCCACGCAUUUCAUGAUAUAUCUUUUUUGCAUUUUCUCAUUGUUAAUUUCUUAAUAUUGGCGUUGCCCUUUUUUUCUUAUAAAUAUCUUAACAGCUUAUGUUUUUUGUUGUAUGUUUUUGUUGUUGUUGUUAUUGUUGUAUAUGUAAUUUGUGAAGCUUUAGUUUGGUUUUUGUCAGUGCAUCUACGAUAAGUAAUUAAUGUUGAUAUUGUAAUGUAAUGUAAUGUAUUGUAAUGUAUCGAAAGGGAAUAAAAAUAAAAAAUGGAAAAAAAAACUACGCCAUGUUUAACUAUUAAACACGAUUUAUGCAGGCAAGUUUCUUAUGUACUAACCAAAUCAAGGUAGUCGGCAGGGAUGGAUCCAGAAAAUUCAGAAAGGGGAAACUGGGACGCCAGCAACACAGAUACUAUUUAUUUUAUUUAAAAAUAACACAAUAUUCAAAAAGGAAAGGAUGGGGUGCUACUCUUGGACCACCCCUAUAACUGCUUUGUCUUUCUUGUACUGAGGAAAGGGUAUCAAAUAUGUAUAGUUAUUCUUCUCUGUCAUGCAAUCUUCACAGCAGAUUGCGUGAUGAAUAGUACACUUGUGCUUUAGUCCUACUGUUUGUUUUGUUAUUGUUUCAACAGGGGGAAUAUUCCCUGCCUGAACAGUUUAAGAGCGUAUGGAAUGGCAAGACAUUUGUGACCACUAGCAGUGAAUCUCUUGGAUAA